CUGUUAAAACCGCGCAAAUGUAGGCAGAGAACUCGAGUCGUGUGAAGCGUACUCAGUCAGAAAGCAUAUUCAAUGUUGUAACAGCGAAUAUGUUGAUUUAAUAUAAUUGUAUAAUUUGCAGUAAAAGUUUGUUUAAUUUUUGUAUAUGAGUUUUACAGUUCAUUACAUGGAAAUACAAACGAUUUUUAUACACAAAGUGGCAAGCUAAGAAGAGUUUAAUGAACCAUUUUAAUUACCUUAAAUAGGCUUUUAACAUAACGUGUUUGCUGAGUUUUCUGUGGCUGUGAUUAUAUGAAGGGCAUAGUUCAAACAGUUGAGCAAUGAUAGUUGUGAACAAGUGUCUUUACUAACUUCUAACCACUCGGCAAUCAACUGCACGCUUUUCAAGUGCUUACGAAUCAGUUUUCAUGUGAACAUUUUAAAUCAUUUUCAUUUCUAUAGCCAAAGUGGAAGCAAUGAUUGCUGCUAACGUGGAUAAGUGUAAUGAUUCAGUGAGUAGUGAUAAAAAAGACGAAAGUGGUGGAUCGGAAAAUCCUGCAGCUCAAGCGUAUCUGGAUCAUUUGCUGCAGAAUGGUGCACUGGAAGGAGAUAGUGGCGCGCCAAUGGAAAUGCCGUCGUGGUAUGACGAAGCGCUGUUCAGGAAGGGUCAAUCGUUUAUGACCAAAUAUCGUUUCCUCAUCACCGCUGGCAUGUUUUACGGUCUGGUGGCAGUUCUCGCGAUCCCGUCCAUACUGCGCGUGCUCAUGUGUACACGUCAAUCGUCCACCUGUUUAACCGCUUUUCGACGCUAUAUGCGCACAAUUUUGCACACGAACGCAUGGUACGAACAUCCAGCGUCGGCAAACUCAAAAUUUUGGACAAGUUUACGCGCUGUACGCAAAGCGCAUUCCAAGUCGAGUCGCGCGUGCAGUAAACUUGGCGCCGGACAAAUUACGCAAAAGGACCUCGCAUUGACCCAGUUCGGUUUUAUCGGCUAUGCCACUUUGGGCGCAGCACGUGUGCAAUUAUACGACGAGGAGUAUUUGGAAAGUACGACGCACAUGUGGCGUGUGCUCGGUUAUUUGCUUGGCAUUAAGGAUGAAUAUAACAUUUGUGGUCGCAAUUGGGCGGAGACGAGGCUCCGGCUCGAUAUUGUGAUGCGACGUGUAUAUCGGCCGGCUUUGGAAAAUACUAGUGAAGACUUUGAGAAAAUGACAAAGGCAUUGGUUGAAGGAUUGUGGCCAUUUAACUCAACAUUGUCCACGGGAUCAGUAUUAUAUUUCACCAAGCGACUGACCUAUAUAAAAGGAUAUGAAUACUUUAGCUUUGACCAUCUUCCCGGCGAAACAAUUGAUCCGAAGCAGAAACUUUAUUACUACGAUUUGGGCUGGUAUGAUCGUUUACUCGUCACAUAUGGUCUCCUCAUAGUGACUUACUUACACAAGUAUAGCAUAGUUCGUUGUUAUCUCAAUUUCCGUGUCUGGCUGAAUGAACUGGUAUUCCAUUACUUGCCAUUCCUGGCGAUCUGGCAGUAUGGUAUAAACAACUCAUACGUUCGUAUUUUUACAAAGGAUGGCCGAGACAAAGAGUUCGAGUUUCACUUGAAAGCUGACUAAAUGAGAAUUUAGAUUUUGUAAAAAAUUUAUAUUGACUUUCAUUACAAAUAGUUCGUAAUAGUUUUUAGUUGUUUUCUACUUCUUAAAGAAUAAUCAUAAAAUGUAAACAUAAAACAAGUAGUUUUUUUCAUAUUUUUAGAAAAAUCUUUAAUUUAAUCUCA